AACUUCAUAGUUUCAUGAGGUUUGUGAAUUACGUUCGCCAGUUCAUCCCGAACAUGGCGGGGGUAACUUCCCCUCUCAUGGAUCUCCUGAAGAAAGGCAAGUUUUAUGAGUGGGGGGGAGAGCAGCAGGCUGCGUUCAAACAGCUCAAAUUUUUCCUGACUAUACCUCUGGUUCUUCGAAUUGCAGAUCCUUACCGUCCGUUCGAGCUCAUCACUGAUGCUAGCAACCUGGCUAUUGGUGCAGUACUGUUACAAGACUUCGGCGAAGGCCUUCAACCCAUUGCCUACGAGUUACGAAAGCUGAACCCGGCCGAGCGAAAUUAUCCUGUCCAUGACAAAGAGUUACUCGCCAUCGUUCACGCUUUCAAGGUCUGGCGCUGCUACAUGACGGCCGCUGACGUGACAGUCCAAACAGACCACAAAUCGCCACAGUUUAUCCACGCCCAACCGACACUAAAUCCCCGACAGAUUCGCUGGCUCGAUUACCUCGAGUCAAACUUCCACUAUAGAGUCACCUACAAACGGGGGGUUAGCAACAUCGCCGACGCACUGACCCGCUCUUCAGUACACACCACCGCAUAAUCCCCAACUGAUGUUCAAGCAAGGG